CGAGACGCCCUCGGUUCCCAAUUCCACGCCCUCUACCUCUCCCUCUCCCUCCCUCCCUCCCUCCCUCCCUCUCUCUACACCUCGCUCUCGCUUCAUGGUCAGCACAAGAUCUCUCCUUUGAUGCUUCGGCCGUCCCUUUCGUGAGGCAGCUUAAGUUUAUCUGGGUGGACAGAGGGUGUUCCCGCAUAGAUCCAUCACUCGCUCGUGUUACUUCGGCGCAAAAAAGGCUUUGUUUUGGGACCUGGGUUUGUGUCGAUUGGUCGUUUUUGUGAACUCCCGAAUAGUGAUGUCGUUGUCGGCCAAGAGCGAGUCGAUUCAAAUUCGGGACGUGUGGGAUGAUAACCUCGACGAGGAAUUCGCGCGAAUCCGCGAGAUCGUCGACGAUUAUCCGUACGUGGCCAUGGACACCGAGUUCCCGGGUAUCGUCGUGCGCCCUGUGGGCAACUUCAAGAACUCCAGUGAGUUUCACUACCAGACACUGAAGGAGAAUGUGGAUAUGCUGAAGUUGAUCCAAUUGGGCCUCACUUUUUCUGAUGAGAGAGGGAACCUGCCGACUUGCGGGUCGGAUAAGUGCUGCAUUUGGCAGUUCAAUUUCCGCGAGUUCAAUGCGAAUGAGGAUUUCUUCGCGGACGAUUCGAUCGAGCUCUUGAAACAGAGCGGGAUCGAUUUCAAGAAGAAUAGGGACAGGGGCAUCAAUGCCGUGCGAUUCGGGGAGUUGCUGAUGUCGUCUGGGAUUGUGCUGAACGAUAAUGUUCACUGGGUAACCUUCCACAGCGGGUACGAUUUCGGGUAUUUGCUCAAGGUGUUGACUUGCCAAACCCUGCCGGACACUCAAGCGGGGUUCUUCAAGUUGAUCCACAUGUAUUUCCCGACAUUGUAUGAUAUCAAGCAUCUUAUGAAGUUCUGCGAUAGUCUGCACGGAGGUCUCAACAAGGUCGCGGAGUUGUUAAAAGUUGAGAGGGUCGGGGUAUGUCACCAGGCAGGUUCGGAUAGUCUGCUGACAUCUUCUACUUUCAAGAAAUUGAAAGAAAGCUUCUUCAGUGGAUCGCUGGAGAAGUAUUCUGGUGUCUUGUAUGGUUUAUGUGUCGAGAAAGUGUACUCAGAGAAUGUAGGGAAUGAACUUGAAAAUUGAAAAACGUGUACCAGAAAGAGAGUGAAAAAUGAAUGAAAAGUUUUCAUAGAACUGUAUGGUUGUGCCGCGAGUCUAUGUAUCCUGAUGGCAAGUUACAUCCUAAUUAGUUUACUCCAGACUUAUGAUAUCAUUUUUCUUUGAGA